AUGGCUAGUGUGAUACAUUUAAAAGGUGUAAGGACUAGGUUUAGAAAUGUUCUAAAAAAGAAUAUUGAAGCUGCCAAGGAAUUACUGAAGUGUGAUGUCGAAUUUUGUGAUAUUGACAGGAAUAUUUCAGAAACAAAUAAAUGUAUGCAAAGUCUUAAAAAGUAUUGUGAAAAGUUGGAGCUACAAAGUGAGAAAUUAUCUGGUGCUGAUGAAGAAACUGACACGGAGUUUGUCCAACAAAUUACUGAUGAAGAUAGUGAAUUAUGUACAGACGCUGUAGAGUGUUGUAUCAUUUUACAGCAACACAAGGAGUUAUUACUUAGCGAGAAGGAAAAGAGUGAAACAAAACAAGUAAAAAAUGUAACGAUUGAAGAAACGCAAAACGAACAACUCGUAUCUUUACAGAGAGACAUGCAAAGACUAAUGGAAAUACAAUUACAACAACAGGAAAAACUCAUAGAAUCUCAGACUAACAAAGGUAAAGUCUCUUCUACGAAAUUACCUAAGUUAGACUUAAUAUCUUUCAGUGGCGAUAAAACAAAAUGGAUUGAAUUCUGGGAUUCGUUCAAGUGUUCUGUUCACGAAAAUGCAACGCUUUCCAACAGUGAAAAGUUCAAUUAUUUGAGGAGUAAAGUGUACGGUGAAGCUCAGCGUGCAAUAUCAGGUCUUACGUUAUCCGAUGCUAACUACGAAGUAGCUGUCGGAGUUCUAAAGGAACGUUUCGGGAACGAACAAGAAGUGGUCGACGUACAUUAUAACAAGUUAAUUAAUUUACAACCUGCAACAAACAAAACAAGCAGUUUAAGAGUACUACUUGAUGCAGUAGAAAAACACUUACGCAGCCUAGAAGUGUUAGGACAAAAUGUGAAUCAAGAUGUGUUUGUGUCCAUGAUAAGAGCCAAAUUACUAGAAGAUGUGUUAGUCCAACUGGAAAUUCUCAAUGGUACGAAGAAUGAGUGGAAUACAUUUAGGCUAAGAGACAGGUUACGGGAGUAUAUUAUAGCGAGAGAAAGGGCUGAAAAGGACAAAGAACCAGAUAAAAGAUCUUUAAAUUCGCACUCAGUACAAAAAGGAAUAAUAUUAAAUGAGUCAAAAGAACCGAUAACGAGAAGCUUUUCAAAUUCAGGAUCCGCACACGUGUUAGCAGCCGUUAGAAAACAACCAACUAUGAAAAGAAACACCGAAAAUUACGCUGAUAAAUGUCGUUAUUGUCAACAAAAACACUGGAGUGACGAGUGUAACAAAUAUCGGACUAUCAGUGAAAGGAAACAACAACUAAAGGACAGUUGUUAUAAAUGCUUGAAGACAGGUCACCAAUCCAAUGAGUGCAAGAGAAACAAAUUAUGUACCCACUGUGGUGAAGUAAAUAAACACCACCGUAGUUUGUGUCCAAAGAAAUUUAAAUUUAGAGAAACAAUGUCAAGUGAAGUAACGGAAGCCAUGGACGUUUCUGAAGAAAAUGUGCUUGUGUCAACAGAUGAAAUGGUCCUGAUGCAGAUAGCCCUGACGGAUAUAAAAAAUCCAGAAACCUCUGAAACUCAGUCUGUGCGACUUAUAUUAGAUUCGGGAUCUCAUCGAACAUAUAUUACUGAAAAACUAGCAAAUAGGUUAAAGAAACAGGGGAACAGGAAAUCAAACUAG